AUGCCACACGAAGAUAGCGCCAAAAUCAGACGGCAAGUGGGAUUCUUCAAAAAGCAGGUACAAAGACAAUGUUCGACCGCAAAUGUUCUCGUCAAAGAGUACGACAUCAAUAUAAAGAGACCGAUUUUUGAUCACCUCGAUGAUGAAGAAUUGGAGUCUUUCCGCCAGGAGGUUACCGCUAUACGAAGCAACCUACUCAAAGCGUACUCUUCUAUCACCAAGCUUCACGACGACUGGACACUCAUCCAGGACACAGAUCCGGACGAGGUACAAAUCUUCAAUGAUUAUAUAUCAAAAUACGGCGAUUACCGCAAUACAAUUGCCGAAGCAGUCGAGCAGCUGGAAGACAUGGACUCUCUUCUGAAUGAAAUUGAUCGUGAAUGCAAUCAUCGCAAAAUAAGCAUCUCAUCAGCCUCACCUCCAGAAAGCCCUGCCGCCGAACACAAUCGACGCUAUCAAACAACUGCAACUACAGCACCUACCGCCAGAAUGCAGAACGACAAUUCGCUCCUCAAUUUCGUCGACGCAUCGAUUUUGGCUAAAUUGGAAUUACCUACAUUCGAUGGCAACUUACUUGAGUAUCCAGAAUUUGCCUGCAGAUUUGCAACUCUCGUUGGGAACAAAACACAGCUCGAUGACACAACCAAACUAUCUCUUCUCAAGUCUUGCCUACGAGGUCGCGCCCUACAAUCCAUCCAAGGAUUAUCGAUGACGCCAGAAAACUAUCGCAUAGCGAUGGAUAUUCUCCGGACACACUACGACGACAAAGUAACUGUCAAACACAUACUCUACACCAAACUCGCUCAGCUUCCUGAUUGUGAUCCAGAAGGACGUAACCUACAAACGCUCUACAACCGCAUGUUUGCUCUCAUCCGACAAUUCACAAAUGGUUAUAACGACAACGACGAAAAAGCGCUCGGAGCAAUUCUCAUCAAUAAAUUACCCGCAAGAAUACGUAGCAUGAUCUACGACAGGACGUCCAAUUCCCACAAUCUUUCGCCAAGUGAACUGCUGAACCUACUCACGGACAUUGUUAGAAAAGAUGCUGUGCUCUUUGAAAUGGAGUAUCAUGCAAAAAAUCCAUCCUCUCUCGCUCACCACGGCUUCCACGUCUCUGUCAAAACAAAACCACCAGCUCGGGUCCCGCGGAAACCUCGCUCUUCAAAACAGAAGCCGUGCCCAUACUGCAAUACUCCAAGUCAUCAAGCUUCCAGAUGCACUGUUUUUCCAACUGUACAACAACGUCAUCGUCAAGUAAAAGCCCUACGCCUCUGCUACAACUGUUUAUCGAAUCAACACUCGACCAAGGAUUGCCCCUCUAAGUACUCCUGCAAAUUUUGCUCAAGGCGUCAUCACUCGUCACUGUGCUUUUCACACUUUCAGAACUCACAACAACGAAGAAGCACAAAUCGCUCUCCUUCUCAUCCACGAACAUCAUGCCAACAUUUCGCUAAUACUGUAGAGACUACUGCAACCAUGGAAACGCCAACCGAUUCCUGCCCAAAGAACGAAGACGCGACAAUAGUUGCCUGCACGACUGAAUGCACAAAGAAUUACAAUCAGCAACCUCUGUCACAUGCCGCCCUUAUGUGCGCGCCUGUGCGAGUGUUCAAUCCAUCUGAUCCCUCACGUCGAAUAACCGCGACAGCUUUUCUGGAUUCAGGAUCCAGUCAGUCUUAUAUAACAGAUGAUUUGGCAAAGCUCCUCAAUCUUUCCACUCUGACAACGGAAGAUAUCUCAAUAUCAACAUUCGGCUCCACUACACCCCUCCAAGUCACAUCUCGCGAUCACCUGCUCGGCAUCGUCAUGGAGACUGGAGAGAAACGUCUCAAAGUGAAAUCUCUCCCAACCCUGACAGGCCGCGUGAAACAUGUUCGCCCAAUUCAAGGCACAAAACACAAUGUUGUGAUAACCACCUGCAAACCGUCCAUCUUGAUUGGUAACGACUACUUCUGGGAUAUGCUCUUAUCAGAUGACUUCUACUAUGAAACACUUCCAAACGGUCACAGGAUGAUACAUACCAACCUCGGCAAUAUUUUCGUGGGAAAAGUCUUCAAUUUGAGAAACGCAGAAACCUACAGCGCAUUACAAGAAGAUACCGCCUCCAACUCCAACCACUACGAUGAACUAUCCCGACUUGUGAGCAACUUCUGGAAGUUAGAGUUCAGGACAAUUGCUUGCAUAUUCCCUUAG